AUGGGACGGUGGCAGUGCGCGGUGGUCGUGACAGUCGUCCUGCACCUUCUGCACCCGGUCGCAGGGAGAUCUGAACUGGCCAUUCUAAACGACAUCGAUACACGCAUCAACAACAUCGCCCGUUAUCUGGACCUCUUCGAACAUGAGGCCACAACAACUUCCACACAAAUUGUAACUACUACAGCAGAAUCUACUACAGAACCUUCAGUUACUACAGUUACUGCGGAAUCUACAUCAUCUACCGAAAGUACUGAAUCCACGGUGAAACGAGUACAAGGCGCGGAGAAGGAAGUGAUAAGCAUCCAUGAUGAUGAACCACAUGACGAAUUGAUCUUAGAAAUCCAAAAAGAUCCGAGUUUGAUGGAUGGUUGGCAAACGCAAGUGAAGGCUUCCGAGGAUCUCGUGUCCGCCAAAGCAGAUGCUGCCAAAGACACGCAGACGAUCAUCAUCGUGAGCUCGGUGCUGGGUGGCGUGCUUCUUAUCGUCAGCGUCGCGUUCAUCGGCUACGUAAUUCACGUACAGCAAUCGAAGAAAAAGAAGCCGAAGCAGCCAAACUUGGCCAACAAGCAGAACGUCGCACUUGAAAUGACUGAAAGGGGAGAGGAAUUGGGCGUGGACAAUCUUGCGAUGGCUACCAGUGCGCCUUUUGACAAUGGGAACAACCGUCCUCCGCCAAGUUCUGCAAUACCUGAAGCUGGAAACUUUGCUCCUGAAAGAGACAUUCCCAGGCAGUCCAUCGCCGGCAUCCAGUCCAGCAAUGCAGCUGCGGACGCUGAUGCCAGGUUGUCCAGAUUUGAAGUCAAUGGUAAGAAACCAAUGUCCACAUACGGCUCUCCUUAUGAUGCUCCAAGGGACCGUUCGCCCCCACCAAGAAGCCAAUCGCGCACACGACCUUCGGAAUACAGAGAUCCUCCACGGGAAUCAAGGAUGAACGAAUACCCACGAGCUUACCCUCCACCAUCCAGAGACCACAGGCCACCACCGCCACGUGGCAGCUCGCACCCUCCAAGGAAUUCGUCGUCUAACCGUCCACCUUCGCCCUCGAACCGUCGGAGGCAUGAGUCCCCGAGGGGCCCAUACGAUGCCCCGCCACGAGGGUAUGCACAACCCAGACCUGCGCCGGAAGAUUACCGUGAUAGUCGACGACCUCCAUCAAACUACCGAAGCAGCAACGACAUGGCCAGUCCUAGAGCAGCGCCGCCUUCAUCGAAACAGCCUCGUCCUGACAGACGGGAUUUCCGUGGACCGUACGGUCCUGAGGAUUUGUACUAAAAUUUUUUGCUCAGGUUCUAAAUUUUGGCUCUUUUUUUCGCCAUGAAUGUAAGUUCCAUUACGAGACUCAAUCGGGGGCUCACGUACGUAUGGGACUCUAUUUGCUUUUUUUAUGUAUAUAUAUUAACUGAACGACAUGCAAAAUCACAAAUAUUUUUAAAAUUCAAAUUUCUAAAUCUUAGUUCUGAACAAUGGAUCUAAUGUUAUUAAAAUAAAUAAAUUAUUAAUUAACAUAAUUUAAAAUUAAAUAGGCUUGAGCACAUACUUCAAAUACUGGUACUAAAAUAAGUGGAAGACUAUGAAGACUUUGAAUUUCGUCGAUUUUUGUAAUCGGAAAAGUUCCCAGUUUAGGAGCAAAAUAUUUUAGGUUUUUGAUACCAUGAAAGUUUUUUGUUAACUUGGCACAAAUAGUUAUCGUGUGACUGAAAAAGAUUUAUUCUUCGACAUAAACAACCACUAUUUUUUCGUGAUUCAGAGUGAAAUACCCCCAAGCAGUGCAGGCAACUCUAAAAAAUGAUGUUCCACAAUCAAUUCAUGCGACUUGAUUUUUUUAUUGAUUAGCCACACAAUGAGGCUCCCAAAGUUUUUUUCGUGAUUUUGUUUGUUUUGUAAACACGAGUGAGUGUUUAAAAAAAUCAUGCAUCAUUUAAUACCAUAUUUGAAUAGCUGUGGGACCUCGGGCCGGUACACAGAGACCUGCCGGACAGCUGACAGAUAUAUUCCCAUAUUUUAUUUGGAAAUAAUACUAAACUAAUAAAAUACUAGAAUAUCAAUAUCAAAAUACAAAUACCUGAAUAAAAGUGUUGAAAUGGUACAGUAAAGCGCAUCUGAGAAUGGAAAGAAUGUUAUUUCUAUACAGCAUUUGUAUUUGCUUCUGUAUAGGGAGAAUAAGCGGACGGCAAUUAAAAUUAUUAUCUUUAAUAUAAUCAAUACAAUUAGCUUCUGUAUAGGCCUAUAGGCCUACAGCAGAUUGAGUGCCCUAUACCUAUAUCUCAUUGCUUUUUCUAAAGUCUCGUGUAUAUUGUUUUUAUCUCUUAAUGACGCCUAAUUUUAUAGGAUGUAAUGAAUCAGUUAUUUAAGUGCAACGUUCUCCCUGCCAGUAAAUCCGAUGUUUGGAAUCACCAAAUUUUAAAUGUACAAGAAAAUUCGAACCUCUGAUUAAACAUUGCUGUCUGA